AUGGAUCUUGAAUUGAAAGAAAAGGUUGUGGUGAAGGUAGUUAGAAAAAUGGAGAUAGGGCAGGAGGACAAGGAUGAGUCAGGAAUUGGUAGUAGUGGAAUGUCAAUGGACAGCCCAUUGGGUCAUUCAACCGGUUACCCUGAGACACCGGUAGAAACAAUUAGAAAGGAACUGAGUCUUGAGGAUGGACAAUCGCAGUCAGUAAUACUUAAGGUGCUCCAAGGAAUCGACAAGUAUAUGGGAGAGAUGCUCCAAGAAAUCAACAAGCGAAUAGAAGGGAUGUCCAAAGGAAGUGAAGAAACCAACAAAUGUAUAGAAGAAAUGUCCAAAGGAAAUGAAGAAAUUAAGAAAGAGAACAAAGAAAUCAAGAGAAGUAUAGCAGAGUUGUCCCAAGAAAGCCAAGAAAACUUAAGGAAAGGACUGCAGAAAUUCCAGGAACAGAUGAGAAUAACUCUUCAGGAGAGAGAUGACAAGCUACAGGUUAAGAUAGAUCAACUCCAAGAAGAGAUGAACGAUAUGAGAAUAGAGAUAAUCGGAAAAGCUGAGGGAGAUGUGAAGGAUGUCAAAACUGAAUUGGAAGGGAGAAUGCGAUAA